CCGGGGCCGGCACCGAGGCCCAGCGCGCGGGAAGGGAGCGGGCCCGCGGUGCUGGGGCCGGGCUGGCGGAGGUCGGACGGCGGGGGAGGGCCGGCCCGGCAACAUGAAGUGCCUCGUGACGGGGGGAAAUGUGCGGGUGCUGGGCAAGGCCGCGCACUCGCUGUCGCGCAUCGGAGAUGAGCUGUACCUGGAGCCGCUGGAGGACGGGCUGUCGCUGCGCACGGUGAACGCGUCGCGCUCCGCCUUCGCGUGUUUCCUCUUCGCCCCGCUCUUCUUCCAGCACUACCAGGCGGCCCGGCCCCCGCAGGCGCAGCCACCGCGCUGCAAGGUCCUCAUGAAGUCCUUCCUGUCCGUGUUCCGCUCGCUGGUGGCGCUGGAGAAGACGGUGGAGCGCUGCUGCAUCGCCCUGAGCUCCCAGAGCAACCGCCUGGUCAUCCAGCUGCACUGCAAGCACGGUGUGACCAAGACCCACAACCUGUCCUUCCAGGAGUGCGAGUCCCUCCAGGCCAUCUUUGACCCGGCCCAGUGUCCGCACGUGCUGCGCGCCCCAGCCCGGGUGUUGGUGGAGGCCGUGGCGCCCUUCUCCCCAGCGCUCUCAGAGGUGACGCUGGGUGUGAGCCGGGGCCGCCGGGUGGUCUUCCGGAGCUACCUGGAGGAGGACACAGAUGCUGCCAAGGCCAUGAUGACGGAGAUGAGUCUGAGUGAGGACGAAUUCCAGCAGCUGCAGGCCCAGGAGGGAGCGUCCAUCACCUUCUGCCUCAAGGAGUUCCGGGGUCUCCUGAGUUUUGCGGAGUCUGCUAAUCUGCCCCUCAACAUCCACUUUGAUCUUCCUGGCAGGCCAGCCAUCUUCACCAUCGAGGAUUCGCUGCUGGAUGGUCAUUUUGUCCUGGCUACACUCUCUGAGCCUGACCUCUGCUCUCAGGAGCCUAGUCUCGAAGGACAGGGGGCUCACAGCUCUGGGUCUUCCUCUCUCAGCACAACACACCUGGAUGACUUUGCCAAUGAUGACAUUGACUCUUACAUGAUUGCCAUGGAAACUACUGUGUGUGAAGGGGCAGCAGUGGCCCCCCAGACCCCUUCCCCUGUGUUGGAGGAAGAGGAGGCAGAGCCCAAUGUGGUGCCUGGGACCCCUCCCCUAAAAAAGUUCCGUUCCCUGUUCUUUGGCUCAGUAUUGUCCCCGACAGAGCCCCCCUCUGAGCCCAACCCAGUACUAGCAGAAGACAGUGAUGGGGAGGGCUGAAUCUCAGCUCUUGGGGACACCAAUUGCUGUGCCACCUUCUCAGGAGCAAAGUGGCGAGUUUGCUCCUCUGCCUGCCUGCUCUGAGCUGGAAAAGGCCUGAACUGUUUGGGGAGGGUGGCAGUCUCGAUGGCAGAGAACUUGGCUGCUUCCACCCUGGGCCCUGGGGGGGACCUACAGCUGGGCUGGCUCUGGCCAGACCUCUUCCCUCAAUAAAGACUCUUAAUUCUGAAGCA